CGACUUGUUGUGAAACUUAGUGAAACCAGGUGCGGAGAAAGUACACGUGUAACAUCUCUCUAAGGUAAGAAUAUUAAACACCGAUUUAAUCAUAUCUUUUCUAUCUGGCUUAUUUAUAUUUCCCAUCUAAUUUUUAUCACGCAAUCAUGGCGGGAGUUGUUUGUAGACCUUACAAACUAACAGUCCUAUAAAAAUGGCGCGUUUCAUCUUUACGAUUUUAUCGAUCCAGCUUUAUCACCAUUCGAUUUUAGCCCCGCGGGAUUUUAGCAUGCAACAUCAGCUUUGGGAAGUUUCCUUUAAUUUGCUUGACUUACAGAAGUUUUUGCUUACUUUGAGGGAUCAUGUUAAGAAGUGCUUUCAGUAGAAAGAAAUCGUUGUCAUAAAACUUGUAUUGAAAACAAAUGCGGUACCCGUUCGUUGAAAUUCCAUCACUUCAGAAACGCAAUAAUUUGUCCACCCAUUUGCAAUUGCAAGAUUGCAGUAAACUUUUCUGUCUUGUUGGUACAAUACGUAUACCUUUACACUGUUUUAAUGCUUUUUGUUGUAGAAUUAUAUUAGUUCCAAUUUUAGGAAGCAAUAAUAGUAUUAUCACUGUGGUCUAUUGACCAGGUAUUUUUUUCUCAGAGGGACAAAAAGUUAAUGUUUGAAUUCACAAUAUAUUUAGACAAGUUAUAAAAACAUGAAUGCUUUAUUUGCCAUCCUAUAGAAAGAUGGAAUCUCCGAGACUAAUAGAUGGAAGAAUUAAUUUGGAUGCUCCACGUUAUGACCAGUCAACAUUUCUGGGACGUGCCAAGCACUUUUUUACUAUAACAGACCCAAGAAACAUUCUGCGCACAGCCAAGGAACUUGAUGAAGCAAAAGAUAUUCUUAUCAAAUACAGGUAUAAUGAAAAACAGACAGGUAUAAGAACUAAACUGCAAUAUUGUUAAUGUGACUUUUAUGUAGGAUUUCAUUUUGGUCCAUAUUUAAUAAAAAUAUAUGCAGAGUCAAUAUUUAUACACAGUCAAGAUGAGUGUAAUACAGCUCUCACUUUUUCAGCUUGAGCAAAAUCCCUUUUUUUAACAUGUGGUUGUAAGAGAAAGCCCCGCAGCUCUUCUUUCACACGAUGCUAUUGUUUAGAAACAUAUUUUCAAUUUGAUUUGGAACACUAUGGAAAUGUCAGUGGUAUUUAAGUAUAACAAAAGGUUUCUGCACUUCAUAGGGUUUGUCGACUGAUGUAUCGGCCCAUAUCUUGGUCAACUGUUGGUCCACAUGUCAGUUGCCUUAUCGACUGAGUGUUGGUUUCUUGUUGAUCUAGGGUCAGACAAGUCUUGACUGAUAUAUGGCCAGUAGUAUGCCACUAUAGUUUAUCGGUGGUUACUUCACUGAUGGAACACCGACAGAUCACCAACAUAUGACCAAUAUGUGGUCAAUGUAAUAGGUGAUACCUUGGUUGACAUAUUGGCGGAUAUACCGGUCAAGUAUCAGUUGAGUGUAGACGGAUAUCUGGCCAUUAGUCGAGUAUCAACCAAUGUGUCAACCUCAUAGCGACCAGCGUUUUGACCAAGCAUUGACUGCUACCAUCAAUCGAGGCUGCCUGUAACACAUAUAAUAUUAAGCACAUUCUCUCUAAGAUUAAAAUAGGCCGUGAGUUGUGUAACUAUUAAUACUGUCCACCUCAUAUCACUUGACAAGUACCUUGUAACCUUGUAAGGGAAAAGCCUUGGAGAUGAGGUUGGUAAAAAAGUUAUACAGGUGAUGCUGAUUGUUGACUGAUAUACCACUGACACACUCGCAACACACUACUGAUGCUAUCACGACUGACUGUUGGUCUAUCUAUCGAGUGAUACUUGACCGAUACUUGACCGAUGGUAAAAUACUACUCGGCCAAUGAUAUAUUGACCAGCUCUCAACCAACACCUGACUGAAUCUAGUGACUGAUAUGUUGACCAAGAGCUGACUGAGAUAUUGAUACAUCAGUCGACACCCCCUAUAAGAUGCAUGAUCAAGGGACAGAGUGUUUCUCAAAAGUCCCUGUGACUUUUUGGCCGUUACGGCAAGUUUGAAAAUCAAAACUAGUUAUCUAGUAGCAUGGUUCCUAGCUCACAAACCAGUCAAUUUUGUUUCUUUUGCUUAUAGUUUCAUUUGAUCAUUUUCAAAUCUAUUAAAACCCUUUAAGUCCCAAUAGUGACCAACAUCAAUUCUCUCCUAACAAUAUCCAUGCAAUGUCAAGAGAUUAGGUUAUGAGAAUUAAUAAAAUGAUUGCCUAAGAGAAGAGGCUUUGAUCUUUUACCAAAUUCUCUCAACUCAUUCUUUAAGGAAAUGUAUGGAGAUCAGUUUGGAGAAUUUGUACAUGUAUAUUGGGGCUUAAAGGGUUAAAAUGUUUAUCUUGGAUGUAAAACGUGGAAAACAUAAAACAGCUUUCCAGGCCCAAAAAGGUACCUGGACUUUUAAGAAAGAGACCGUCAGGUAGAAGCAGAGAGGUGUGGGUUUGAGGACUGCUGUUGUGUUUAGAAAAAGUAUAUUGGACUGUUGCUGUAGGGCAUCUGGUAAAGCCGGAAACCGGAAUCCGGAAUAGCAACGGGAAUGGGAACAGGAAGCGGAACCGGAACCGGAAACGGCAACGGAACAGGGACAGUAAUGUGAAGGGGAACCAAUACAAGAACAGGGACAUCAUUUACCUUAUAUUAUUUUAAUUCUGAUUCAAUUGAUAAAAAGAAAAAGAAAACUAGUCUGGUAUCAUGCUCCCCCCUGACUCUCUUUAUAUUACGGCAACAAGAAGGUAAAAAAAGCAGCAAGUAAAAUAAGUAAAGCAACAGCUUUGCGAGUGCAUCGUGCUAUCUUUCAAUUUCUUCACCAUCGAUGCACAACAACGACGUAAAUGAUCAAAUCUUAAGUUUUCUUGAGAACGUGAACGGCAGGCGAUAAAUUUUAUUGUGUCUUUCUGAGCUCGGACGCGGUCUCCAGCUUCAUUUCCCAACCUUUAAAAGACUGGACAAUUUGGAUUUAAUGAGAAAUAGUUUGAAUUAAGACCCGAAUUCAAAAUCUCAGUGGUGGAAGUAGAUGUUUUCUAUCUUUCGGAGCUCUGACUCAACAAAUUCGCAUAGUGGAAGGUAAGAGGAAGAAUUCAGACAGAAGCGUUCCAUCAAGUGAAACAUUAAACUUGCGGUUGCUAUUCAUGAAGCCCGCGACGGUCAGCGUUCUCGUUCUUUAAGUUCGCUAUUAUGUUUGACAUGAAAACACAAUUUGUAACUGGCUGAAGAUAAAGAAAGGUUAAUUAGAUUAACAUUUCAAGGGUGUUUUCUUAUUUCUUUUAUAAUUUUUCUGGCUUUUUACUUAAAUCACGAUUAUACCUUUUUCUUUUCAUAUUUCAAUACACUGUUUAUAUUCCCCUUCCUAUUCUGGUUCCUAUUAUAUUUUUCCCUUAUUUUUCGUAUGUAAUCUAAAUAGGAAUUAAAUGAAGAUUAACUUAAAUUAAGGUAAAUGCUGUCCCUGUUUUUAUAAAGGUUUCUGUUCCCAUUCCGGUUCCUGUUCCGGUUCCGCUUCCUGUCCCUGUUCCUAUUCCCGUUCCUAUUCCGGAUUCCGGUUUCCGGCUUUUCCAGACGCCCGUUGCUGUAUGGUUGUUGUUGUUUUUUUUCACCAACAGACAUAGAAAUGAACCAGUAGGAACAACAGAUGAACAAGUGUGGAGAGCUAAAAAGAUGUAUGAAUCAGCAUUCCAUCCUGACACAGGAGAAAAAAUGUUCAUUAUUGGCCGCAUGUCAGCUCAAGUACCGAUGAACAUGUCAAUAUGUGGCUGUAUGAUGACAUUUUACAAGUAAGUAUUCUUUCAUCCUUAUUAGGGAAUACAGGGUUUCCGUUGACGCACAUGUGUGCGUAUUUUACACACAGUAAUCAAAAAGGACAUACACUUCUUUUAAGUCCAGUUUAAUGUCAUUGAAUGCAUAUCUAAAGAGGUUUAGAUCUGUGAAACAUUCAAACCGUGCGAUGUUGAGGAACAGCUGGAACAUUUCAAUGGCAUUAUUCCCAGUCUUGCAAGUAUUGUAACAAAAUAACAUGGCUUCUGCUGUGGAAAAUACCUUUUGAAAACCCCUGGAACUGCCAUUUCCGAGACUCUUAAUUUCAAAAUGUCCCUAGAUGCCUCGGCCCUCAAGAACUUGUGCCUUUGGUGUUUUUCCAAAGCCGCCUACUAUUCAUUAUCAGCCUGCUACUUAAAAACAUUUUGACAGCCCUGAAUCUAUUGCUUUUUUGUGUGAUUUUAUCACCUUGUAUCUAAAAAGAAGCGUUAUCUUACAAUAAUGCUCAAGCCUUGUUUGUUUUUUGUUGUGAUUUUCCAGGAGUACAUCAGCUGUGCUGUUUUGGCAGUGGAUUAAUCAGUCAUUUAAUGCCAUUGUGAAUUACACAAACAGGAGUGGUGACUCCCUUAUUACGAAUAAGUACGUUUAUUAUUUUUGUUUUGAAAAAGUAGGCAAUAUCAACUGUAAGUUGGGAACAGAAAUUAAUGUUUGAUCAACACAUAUUGUGUAAUUAAAGGUUAAUAAAUAUAAAGAUUUCUUUCACUACAGGCAAUUGUUGACUGGCUAUGGAUUUGCAACAACAGGAGCAAUAGCAGUAGCUUUGGGACUAAACCAUUUGGCAAAGGUAUGAAAGGACUUUUUUGUAAUGUGUGGCACUCCAAGUUUCAACUGUUUUGGCUGCCAUGGCAAGGGAAAAAAAUGGAGAAUAAAAUUGCAGCAGAAGUCUUCAAAUAUUUGAGGACCUGUGUUUGACAGUUGGGUUUAUAAUAAAGUUGUUAUUAUCACAAAAUAUUUUUAUAAGAUUUAGAGUAAAAGUAGCUAUUAUAAAUCAGCUGUUUUAUGCAGAUGUUUUGUCUCAAAUGGCAUAAAGUUAAUUCUCUCUUCUCCUCACAUAAAUUUUAGCUAUUGAUGGUAAAGUUUGCAGUUUAAUUAAAAUGCAAACAUCUGUUGUUCUGCAGUCAGCACCACCUUUGAUUGGAAGAUAUGUACCUUUUGCUGCUGUUGCCGCUGCAAACUGUGUGAACAUCCCUUGCAUGAGACAGACGUAUGUUAAAACACUCUUAGUGUUUUUUAACAGUAUUACUGUACUAUUAAAGUUACUGAUUUGUAGAGAUUGUACCAUGGCCUAAUGGCUGUAACUGGACCACCUGUGGAUCCUGGCCUGGCUUUGCCAUUAGCACUGUUUUGUUCCCUUAGAAGGAAAGAUCAUAAUUCUCUUCAGUCAGGUCUGUGAGAUAAUCCUGGGUUGCAAAGAGCUGUGCUGCCCUGUACCAGGAAGUCUUGGCUCAUUCGCGCCUUUAACCCUUUAGGUCUUAAGAGUGCCCAACAUCAAUUUUCUCCUAACUACAUCAGCAAAGGUUAUGAGAAUUACUAAAUUGAUUACCAAAGGAAGAAUGCGUUGAUCUUAAAUCAAAUUCUCUCAACUAUUCUUAAAAGAAAUGUAUGGAGAUCAGUCUGGAGAAUUUGUAUGUGGAUCUUGGGAUUAAAGGGUUUAACCCAAGGUGCUGAUUUACAGACAAUUUUAUUCAUCCAUUUUUGUUUUAAUUAAUUUUGGUCUCACUGAAUAACUGUAGCUACGCGAAGAUCAUUAAAUUUUUUUCUCAUCCCUUAGGAAUUUAUUAGAAUUACAUGUACAAAGCUGAAUUGCAGUCCUGCACCUCAGAAUAAGCAGUGCCUAGAGUACAUGAAUUAAUAAAAAUAAGUAGAAAGUAGGUUGAGUUUGAUGGUAUGGGUGAAUGUAGUCCUGAGUAGGACUGUUGUUGUUGACAGUGACUGACGUUUCGACAACCUGUCCGGUAGUCAUCUUCAGAGUCAAAGUGAGUUGUAUCACGUCAGUUGAUGGUAUUAUACUUUGGUUAUUGAUCUGAUAUAUUCAGGACUACAUUCACCCAGACGAUCAAACUCAACCUACUUUUGAAAUGACUCCUGGGUUUAAAUCUUUCACAAAAAUAAGUAGAGUUAAUUAUUUCACUGGGAAGAAUAAUGUUUUGUUUCAUGAUUUUGCUCAUAGAGAACUGGUAAGAGGAAUACCAGUCACUGAUGAAGAAGGCAACAGGAUUGGAGAUUCAAAGGUUGUUUAAUUUUUCAUCUACUGUCAGUAGGAAUAAAGUUCAAAAGCUUCAAUUUACUACAUUUGUGUCGGAGAAACUCAGUGACUGUGUGUGGCAUUUAAGACACAUAUGAUUUUGCCUUUCCAAGAUUAUCAAGUAUCGCAGUGAUGCUGUUAUUGUAAAAUGAUCUGAAACCUUAGCAACACCCAAAACCAUUAAUUUUUUAAAGCUGCCUUUUAAGCUUUCACAGUACAUAUAUUCACAAGAGACUAUUCACUUAAGACUAGAAUAUCAUUUUGGGGUGUAACUGUUAUUUUUUAAAUGACAUUUUUCUUGUAGCAUCCAUAUAAAUUUCCAUUAUUAAUAUUCAAUCUUUAUACUUUCCGAGGUAAAAUAUUUUCAUGGUGAUGAGUGUAACAAUAAAAACGUGGCAAUAAUAAAAGAAGACUGCCAAUGGUUUCCGAUCUUAACUUAGCCUUCGGAGAAUAAUUGGAUAAUCAAACAUCUGUACAGUAUAUAUUAAAAAGCACUAAGGCAUUCAUGCAUAAACUUGUCACACUCAUAUAAUGAUAAUUUGUUAGACUGUAUUAUUGGCUCGAUAUGAUUGUGUUUGAUUUAUUUCACCUGCUUUGUGUGGGUUUGUUUCAGGCUGCUGCAAGAAAAGCCAUAGCGAGUGUUGUAUUUUCAAGAAUUGUAAUGGCAUCUCCGGGAAUGUGUAAGUAAUGUAGUUGAAUGUAUAAUGACGAUAAUAUAUCUUAUCCAAGAGCCAGUAACUUGCAAGUGACAAGUGACGCGAAUGUCUUCGUAAACGCUAAAAGCCAUGCAAGAGAGAAACCUCUGCAUGUAGGGUAGUCUCCCUCGCAGCCGUUUUUUGGAUGUCACGCAACCCAAAUUGCGUGACAUCCAAAAAACGGCUGCGAGGGAGACUACACGUAGGGUAGCACUUUUGGUUUGAACCCCAGUGAGUUGUGUCACAAGUUAGCAUUGAGAAUGAUUGUGUGGAUGAGUGUGUAGUCCUGAAUGGGACUGUUAGUUAACAUACUGCAACAGAUAUUUCAUUUCUAUCAGCAGUCAUGAAUUACAGUGUAUGUCAAUAGUAAUGUUAACUCUAACAUUCAAAUUCACUGAAUGUUUUGUUGCUCAUCUGUCAUUCAAGCUGACUGUUCUUAGAUGUUAAUAAUAUAAAUCUGAGAUUGCAUUUUCAUCUGUCUUUGUUUUCACUUUUCAGCUAUUCCACCAAUUAUAAUGAACUACUUGGAUUCAAAGGCAUUUAUGAAGGUAAUCUUGCAUUUAGUUCCAUAGGAUGUGUUAAUCAUACAUGCAAACUGGGAAAAGUAAUUUGUGUAUUCUCUUGACAACGCCUUUAUUUUCUAUUCAUUUAUUAUUUAUUAAAUCAUAAAUUUUCAGUUUUCUAACAGGCAAGUGAAGUCUUAUCCUCUUUUUCACAAAGUAGUCUUUAAUACAUAUACUUACAUGUAGGUUGUCAUUUUUGUUGUUGUUAUAGCGGUGGCCAAUUUUAGCUUCUCCUAUCCAAACGUGUCUGGUUGGACUGUGGUGAGUUUUGCUAAUUUCAUGUAAUUUAAUUGCUAAUUUAAUUACAGACCAAUGUAAAUGUUUUAAGCAGAUACAUUGUAGGCUGAGGUGAGAGUUAUUGUUCCAUGUUAGUGGAAGGGCUACUGUCAGUACUUUCUAGCUGAACAUACACUAGAACCUUAGUACAGUACAUGCCUAGGGUUAUAUCUUUUGCCUUGUUUUUCCCUGCUAGAAAAGAACAACAUUCAAGAAAAUUUAAUUUUCUGUUUUGUCAUUGUACAAUAUUUCUUUUAAGAGUCAUCCAAUCAACACUUAUUCAGUCACAAUUUUAGUAUUUUAACUUUGGCUUCUUCUUAUUUUUCAUCAUCCUCACAGCUUGGUGUUUGCUACUCCUUUAUGUUGUGCAAUCUUCCCACAAAGAAGGUUAGUUGAUUUUGUUUUGAACACAUAAAAAUUACUUUAAUGCCUGUAUGACCAAGCUAAUCAUCCCUGUGACAAGUUUAUUUCCCAAUGACGAGUGUUGUUUCUGUGACGUCUGUUGUCCUUGUGAUUUUUUUAUCAGGGUUACGUCCUUGUAAUGAGUGUCAGAUUUUGUUUUGAACACAUAAAAAUUACUUUAAUGCCUGUAUGACCAAGCUAAUCAUCCCUGUGACAAGUUUAUUUACCAAUGACGAGUGUUGUUUCUGUGACGUCUGUUGUCCUUGUGAUUUUUUUAUCAGGGUUACGUCCUUGUAAUGAGUGUCAGAACUCUGGCUUGACUCUAGCGUUUAAAAGCGCACCUCAGACACUACUCUGUCAAACCAUGUCCCUUGAAUGAUAUAAUCAGAUUUGAUGUUCAUCCUUAACUUUUGUAGGGGGGGAAGCAUCCUUCCAAACCAUAUACCCAUACAAGCUUGAUUCAGCCGGGCAGGCUAGGGAAAAUGCAAAAAGUUAUUUACCACUAACUUGGACUAGAGAAUUUGAGUAAUAAUGAACUUUUCCCAUGGUGCGCUUGUAUUUACGUGUUCUUGAAAAUUAUUUCAAAAUCCUUGUCUGGCUUUUUUGCAGAAACAUUGCUUAUUACAAAAAUAAUGUAUAUUGUGAAUGGUGAAAAAAAAGGGAGAAAAAGAAGGAAGAGAGGUCAAAAGGGGAAAUUAAGUAAAAGGGGAGGUAGCAAAGGUGUAAGUCUUGGGGCCAGCAUCGCUUUUUGCUUUCUGUAAAUGUGUGUCCAAACCUUAGAAUUUCAUUUGGCAUUAGAGACAUAAGCUAAUAUGAAUGCCUGACUUGCAAACAACAUUUUGGGUGGUUAUGAGAUGCAUGUAAGCAGAAAAUGGUUUGACUAGCUGGAAAUAGGAUUUUUCACCAAAAUCCCCAGUGGAGAAUGGGUUUACACUGUAAGUUGAAAACAAACGAUGUAUCUCAUUGUGGAACUAAUUUUUUGGUGGUUUCGGAACGUUGUUCAUAAAUUUGCGAGCUUAUGGCAAGUAAAUACCCCCAGUAGCUUAGACAAGUUUCAAAAUUGCUGUACAGGCAUGUAUUUGUAAUGAUAAGAUUUCUACCGAAUUUCGCGGUAUUUUGCGUGUUUUUGUGAAUUUCGCAGGAUUUCACAGAUUUACCUGAAUUUCGCGGCUCCACGACCGCGCGAAACAUCAGAAGCCCUGUCUAUAUAGCCUUCCUUGCCUUUACCACAUUUGAUCUUGUAAAUAAUUUGGUUGGAAUAUUGUAUAUUAUCUUUCAUGUAUCUCUGUAUACUGUUGUUGUAUUUCUUGUUAAAGGCAAAAUAAAAUGAAUGAAUGAAUGAAUGAAUGAAAAAACCACAGGAAUAAGAAACCACAUGGGUGAAAGUGUAAGGGAGGCAAAGUGGCUCUGCAAUUUAAAGAUUUUGUAGACUUAUUUUGAUUCCUUUUGUUGCAGUUCUAUAGCAGUCUCAAAGCUUGAACCAGAACUCCAAGAAAAGAUAAAGAAGAGGGGAGGACCUCCAAUGGAAUAUGUCUACUUCAACAAAGGGCUUUGAAGAAACUUCAAUAUUAAUAUUAUUUAUUGAAAAUUAAUCAAAAUUUUUUAUUAGCCCUUUUGGAAUUUUGAAAUGGUACUAUUAGUUUAGGGGAUUGUUAUGAUUCAUAGACUCAGAAAAACAAAUAUUAACUCAAUUUGGUAUUUACAAAUUGCUGUCCUUAAGACUGUAGGACUGCUAAUGAAAUCUGUUUGCUAUAAUUAAAAAAAAGUGUCAUAAUUGCAAUAAUAUUGUGAAUUGUUAAAGACAGCUAGGAUUGUUUGAUGGAAUUUGAGGCCCUGGUUGAGUAAAAUUCAGACAAGGGACAUAGUCUGGAAACGGCAAUACUUGACUAGAUGAGAGGGCAACAAAAACAUGCAGAUGACUUAAAGUUUGACAGGGACAUAACUUACUCCUCAAAAUGUGAAAAGAGCAUAUUUGAAAUUCACACUAGGGACAUAAAUAUCCCCCUCCCCCCCCCUAAGAGGGCCUCAAUUGCCAGAGGGACAUUUUGGUCGUUACAAUAAUCCAAAACAAACUGAUAGGUUUAAAAUAAUAAUCUAAAAAUGGCCAUAGGGGCUUUCAUUGCAAUAAAUAUUAUUAUAAUCAUCUUUGGUAACCGAACCAAAUUGUUGGGUUAUAAUAAUCCUGAUAUUGACAUAGCUAUUGUGCUGAUAGUGAUAAUUCUUAAGGGGUAUAAUACAUGACACUGUGUGCUUGUUAGUGACUUGUGGAUCUCUAUUUCACCGUUAACUCAAGGAAAAAUAUUAUUAUUUCAAUAUAUGGCUUUUCUCAUAUUUCACUCGCCCAAUGUACGUGUAAUAGUAUUUGAAUUAUCUGGAACGAAAUUUUACGGUGUUUAAAGUCGUAUUGGAGACCAAAUAGUCAUUCACUGGUAGAAUUACAUAUUACUUGACAUAAUAUACUGUUUUCUUAAUCAUAGUAGUGUGAUAAUGGUGAUCAAUCUCAGUGCUGACAUAAUAGUUCCCUAUAGAUACUGGUAUAUUAAGUUAUUAAUUCUGGUGUGUUUUAAAUUAAAAGUC